AAAGUGUAUACCCAAAUCUGAUUUAUUCAUUCAAGUAAAAAAUAUGACAAAUGAUGAUGAUGAUAUAAUACGCAUGAAUAUCCUUGCGUUUGUUUUAGUGGGGUGGCGUAACUUCAGGUUAGAAAAACACCCCAUUUGCUAAAAAGUAAACACCAUUACUGAAAUUAAAUGCAAACAUAACUUCUGCUUGAUAAUUUAAGAACAAAAAAAAAAUGCUUCUCAAGCAAUUUUACAUUAAACUAAAACAUGCUUCUCAAGCAAUUGUAGCAGCAUAUGCUAGAUCAGCGGCAGGCCAGCAGCAUCAUCUUCGGCAACGAGUUCAUCGCGAAAGAGGAGCUUAAGGUAUGGCAGGACUGUCGGAACCACGGGAAGAUCUGCUGCAUUUAUAUGUUGGGUAUUACGACAUAAUUAUUUGUACAUUUGUAUUGAUGUAUAUUAUCAUCAUAUAUUAGUUAUUGUUGUAAUUCUCUCUUAUCACUUUAGAUUAGAAUAGUUAGUUAGAACAGCCUUAUCACAACUCCUUGUAACUACUAUAGAUACAUUACAUUGUACACGUUACUCAAUGAAUAUCAAUUAUCAUUCCUCUACAUGGUAUCUAGAGCUUAUUAAAAAAAAAUCGGUCCUUCAUCAUGGUCAUCACCGACGCCACGACCGUCGUCUCCAUCACCGCUUCCACCCAUUUUCCCAUAAAACUUACCCAAUCCAACUACCCCGUCUGGAAAUCCCAAGUCUAUGCCGCUCUCAUCGGCCUUGGACUUGAAGAGUAUGUUGAUGGCACCAUCACCAUUCCCAGUCAAUUUCUUGAUCCUGCAAAAUCACGCCCUAAUCCAUGCUUCACUGUCUGGUUCCACCAAGACAAAACUAUCCUCAGUGCCUUGCUCGGAAGUUGCUCCGAUGCAAUCCAACCGGUUAUAUCAUCUGCCGCUACUGCCCGACAAGCUUGGGACCGGCUAUCCCUUACUUAUGCGAGUUCAUCUCGUGGACGGAUCAUCUCUCUAAAAACCACGCUGGCUCGGACUACGAAGGGGACACGAUCCAUCACUGCAUAUCUUACCGAGAUACAAGCUAUUGCUGACGCGCUCGCCUUGGCACAAAAUCUUGUUUCCGAUGAAGAUCUCGUCAUUAACAUUCUGAACGGCUUGGGAUCGGAAUACUCCGAAAUCAUAUCCGUUAUUCGUGUGCGACAAACUGCUCUACCCAUAGCGGAACUCCAAGAUAUCCUAUUAGAACAUGAAUCCCGAAUUCAAGAAGCUGCCUAAAGAAGUACAGAAUUUUCUAGAACGUUGUGGAGAAUCCUAGAGAAGUCUAGAACUCUCUAGAAGCUUGCGGAAUAGUGUUGAAUCCUCUAAAAUAUUCUGGAGAUGUGUGGAACCUUCCGGAAGCUUAUGGAAGAGUAUGGAAGCAUAUGAAAGGAAAUGGAGAGGUGCAUAGAUUCCUUAGAAUUCUCUAGAAUAGGUAGUCAUGUGCUCCUUGGAAUUCUCUAGAAUAGGUAGUCAUGUGUAGAUCAUUCUAGAGAACUAUUUUCACCACUCAUUAUGGAGGUGGAGUAGUAUAAAUUAAAUAGGAGUAGAGACCUCCAUUCCUAACCAUCGUAGCAAUCCUAACCAAGAGUGAAUCCACUUCUUAGAGCGAGAAAGUUAGAGAGCCUCUUUGAAAGAGAAGAGAGAUAGCUUGGGAAUUUCCUAUCCUCAAGCUUGAGUGAGCCAUCAUUGAGUGAGACAAUUUUAUAACAUCCUUGUAAAUCCUACUAUUCUUUUGUAUAGUGGAAGAAUCUCCAUAUUGGAGAAUUUAAAUCGUGUGCUUUCAUUACCACCUUAAUUCCUAAGUGUCUAUCUUAACUUCACGAAGUGAGAAAAGUCCGGAGUUUUUCCCAACAUUAUACUCAUCAGAUCAAAAGCAAUGCAGGUUUUAUGCAUGUGGGAUUCGUCAAACACCGGAAUCUUAGGGUAUUUUUGGCUGAAGAGUGUAAGGAUGACGCGAUGCGCUCAGGCAGUGUCCCCCGUCUCAACCGCUUCCUUUGUUGUGCUGUGGUUUCUUGCUAUGGCCUCUUCCAGCAUCCCAUCUUCAAAUGUAGUCU